AUGAACGGCGAUUCUAUCAAAGACUUGCACGUGGCCAUUGUCGGCGCCGGUAUUGGGGGACUCGCUCUGGCCAUGGGCUUGGAAAAGAAAGGAGUACCCUAUACAAUCUAUGAAGCAGUCCCGGGAUUUUCAGUCGUGGGCGCGGGCAUCGGGUUCGGGCCGAAUGGCGAACUGGCACUGGGCAUGCUGCAAGAAGGAUUCCGUGCACAAUACGAGAAGGUAUGUGUAGGCAAUAAGCCCAUUGAGCCUCAGGAUAUCUACUAUGAGGGCAUGCUCUUGCAGCCAGGUUUUGAUCUUAACGAACCAUGGCGCGGCAAGUCUGCCUGGGGCCACCCAAACUACGUCCGCAGAAGUGCCCAUCGCCGCGCAGUCCUUGAAAUAAUGACCAAAUAUAUCUCAAUUGAAAAGGUCCGUUUCAGCAAAACCGUAAUGGGUGUUCAACAGCAUCCAGGCAAGGUCAUCUUGAAGUUUGCAGAUAGCGAUACUGCUGAGGCUAGUAUCCUUGUUGGCGCCGAUGGUAUUAAUAGUACGGUGAGGAAGCAUGUUUUGGGACCGUUGUAUCCCAGCCAGGUUGAACCGGUGUAUGCCAACUCGUAUUGCUACCGAGGCGUGAUUCCAAUAUCUGAAGCCAAAGAGAUAUUUGGAAAUCUCACCGACGUGGCCAAGAUGUACGUGGGCGAAAAGCGCUGUUGUGUCACGUAUAUGAUUUCGAAAGGCGAGGGACUCAAGAACUCGGUAUCUCAGAAGAUCAGCCAUGGGGCCAUGAUGGCUGACUUUGAAAGCCCCGAAGCGGACGAACGAUUCCGCCGCUUGCUGAGGGAGGCCAGACCGGUGAAGUGGGGAUUCUUACAUCAUCAGUACACGUCGACAUAUUAUCGUGAUCGGGUCGUGCCUCUGGGUGACAGCGCCCAUGCGUCUCUGCCGUUCCAGGCCGCUGGUGCUGGUCAGGGCUUAGAGGAUUCCUUGAUACUCUCUAACCUUCUGGCCAGGAUAUAUCACGCCCCUGACCAAGGCGCAGCACUGGCACCAUAUAUUUCUGCCGGCCUUGUAGCGUAUAACGCUAUUAGGCGGCCAAGGGCUCAGAAACAAUUAGAGCGGGCGGGUGAAAUGAGCCACAUGCUUCACUUCCAGCACCCGGAAACUGGCAAAACGCUUGAUAAAAUAGCUUCAAAACUGCAAAGAUAA